AUGCACAAGCAUAUGAACCAGGUGAGGAGUCCAAAUGGUUCUCCACCUGUUCGGGGGCAGGUUAAACGCUGGAAUAGCUUCCACGGUGGCGGAAAUUUUGAGACUAAUCCUUCGAAUGUUAAUGGCGAGAGAUGUCUCAGUCCCAAGAGCAAUCUUGAGCACUACAGGGCUGUUCCCAAAGCCGUUCAGGUACUCAGAAGUGAAAGUGUAGACCGAGGUCAUCGCAUUCAGCCGCCACCACCCCCGGCUUUUCCUCGACGACGUUUUUCUGUUUGCUUUGGAAAGCGGACGGGUGGCAGUGCCAGGAGAUCCAACGAGUGCUUCGUUCUCGAGCCCUCUCAGAUGGUUGUCGUAAGUAUUACAUUGUUAUUUUGUUUAUUAUAA